AUGCCUAUCUCUAAGGUUCACGCCCGUUCCGUGUACGACUCUCGCGGUAACCCCACCGUUGAGGUGGAUAUUGUCACCGAGACCGGUCUGCACCGUGCCAUUGUUCCCUCUGGUGCUUCCACCGGCCAGCACGAGGCUGUUGAGCUCCGUGAUGGUGACAAGACCCGCUGGGGUGGCAAGGGUGUCCUCAAGGCCGUGAAGAACGUCAACGAGGUCAUUGGCCCCGCUCUCAUCAAGGAGAACAUUGACGUUAAGGACCAGGCCAAGGUCGACGAGUUCCUCAACAAGCUCGACGGUACCCCCAACAAGGCCAGCCUCGGUGCUAACGCCAUCCUUGGUGUCUCUCUGGCCGUUGCUAAGGCUGCUGCCGCUGAGAAGGGUGUCCCUCUCUACGUUCACGUCUCCGACCUUGCCGGAACCAAGAAGCCCUAUGUCCUCCCCGUCCCCUUCCAGAACGUCCUCAACGGUGGCUCCCACGCCGGUGGCCGUCUGGCCUUCCAGGAGUUCAUGAUUGUUCCUGACUCCGCCCCCACUUUCUCCGAGGCCCUCCGCCAGGGUGCUGAGGUCUACCAGAAGCUCAAGUCUCUUGCCAAGAAGAGAUACGGCCAGUCUGCCGGCAACGUCGGUGACGAGGGUGGUGUUGCCCCCGAUAUUCAGACCCCUGAGGAGGCUCUUGACCUCAUCACUGAUGCUAUUGCCGAGGCUGGCUACACUGGCAAGAUGAACAUUGCCAUGGACGUUGCCUCCAGCGAGUUCUACAAGGUCGAGGAGAAGAAGUACGACCUGGACUUCAAGAACCCCGACAGUGACAAGUCCAAGUGGCUCACUUACGAGCAGCUGGCCGACCUCUACAAGUCCCUGGCUACUAAGUACCCCAUUGUCAGCAUUGAGGACCCCUUCGCUGAGGACGACUGGGAGGCCUGGAGCUACUUCUACAAGACCUCCGACUUCCAGAUUGUCGGUGAUGACUUGACUGUCACCAACCCCUUGCGUAUCAAGAAGGCCAUCGAGCUCAAGUCUUGCAACGCCCUUCUGCUGAAGGUCAACCAGAUUGGUACUCUCACCGAGUCCAUCCAGGCUGCCAAGGACUCCUACGCCGACGGCUGGGGUGUCAUGGUCUCCCACCGCUCUGGUGAGACCGAGGAUGUCACCAUUGCUGACAUCGCUGUCGGUCUCCGUGCCGGCCAGAUCAAGACCGGUGCCCCUGCCCGUUCCGAGCGUCUGGCCAAGCUCAACCAGAUCCUCCGUAUUGAGGAGGAGCUUGGUGAGAACGCUGUCUACGCUGGCAAGCACUUCCGCACCUCUGUCAACCUGUAA